AUGGACAUCGCGAGGCAUCUUGUUGAUGUCCUCGGUGUCGACAUAGGCGCACAGGGGAAGAGGAAUGCGUCCCAUCACGGAAAUUACCAAUCAGCUGUUCAUGAACUGACCAGCGGGAGACAUUGGUGGCAUGUGGCAGAAGCCUUGCCGGAUCUGAUCAAAAAAGGUGCCUAUCUUGAGGUUCGGGAUAGCAAUGGAAGGACCCCAUUGCACCUUUCAUGCGGAUCAUUCAGAGUUGAAGUACAAUUCUGUAGGGAAGCUGCAAAGGUUCUAAUUGAAAAUGGGGCUGACAUAAAUGCCAUCGACGAUCAUAGUUGUACUUUUUUAUCCAUGGUGGGCGAUGAUGUGUUGUUAGUCAAAAAACUCAUUGUCAAUGGUUCUAAUGUCAACGCAGCGGCUGUUUUCCGUGCUACAAAGUUGAUGCAAGUUGAGAUUCUGGAACUUCUUCUGUUUCAGGAUGAUGUAUGUCUAUAG